AUGCAAGUCUUUCGAGUUUUGCAUCUAUUUAUCUUGAUCUCCUUAACCACAACAACAACAUUAACAAAAGCCAAAAGAAUCAGCAAAAAAGGGUGCAAUGAUACAUGCGGAGGGAUCUUGAUUCCAUUCCCUUUUGGGAUUGGAAGUAAUUGCUUUCUGAACAAAUGGUACAAUGUUGAUUGUAACUCCUCAAUUCCGUAUCUAUCUGCACUCAACAACGUGGAGCUGUUGAGUGCAAACUCGUUUGGAGAUGUAACUGUUAACAUCUCCAUGACUUUUGAUUGUGAGAAUUCAAUGCAGAAUAGCACUCUUGUCCUAAGCGAUGAGAGUCCCUUUUCUGUUUCUGAUUAUGAAAACAACCUCUUGGUUAAGGGGUGUGGCAUUUAUGCUGACGUCAAGGAGAAUGGGAGUAUUGUUGCUGGUUGCUCAAUGAUUUGUCCCAGUGACACAGGUGGUGACAGAAACAACUGCUUUGGCAUUGGUUGUUGCCAAGAUACCAUUCCUUAUUAUAUCAAGUCAUUUAGCUUGAAUCGAACAGGAUUGGAAAGGCCGGCCGGAGAUGGUAGCUGUGGGUCUGCCUUUUUCAUGGGCCGUGGAUACUUCCCAUCAGCAGGCUUUCCUCGCCAAUCUGUUGACGGGCACAGCAUUUAUGUUCCAAUAACACUUUCUUGGUAUCCAACAUACAGAGAUAUAAGUAGUAAUUGGCCAGAAUGCAGAAGGUGUAAGAUCAAGGGGGGCUACUGUUCCAUAAAUGUUGACGCGGCCUCGGGUGUUAGUUGUUAUAUUUACGGAAGGAGCAAAAUAGGUGUCAUUCUGGGUAAGCAUUUUCUAAUAACCACUAUGUUCUUUGUCGGCCUUUUACUUUCUUUUCUACUUUUCUUAAUUUUCUAUAAUCUAUAA